GGCACCUAAAGGGUUACUGCGCUGAGUACGGAGCCAUCUGGCUGGGUUGGCUGGUUAUAACCGCGCAGAUUAUGUUCUCGGGACUCAGAGUUGAAGGAUCCUCUCUCCCAAAUCGAGUAGCUACGGGCUUAGUCCUCGGAAGAGACCCGCACAACUACUUUUUUUUUUUUUUUUUUUUAAUUGGUGGUAGUUGGUCGGUGGCUGUGGCAGCGGCGGCAGCGGGGUGGGGGAGACUGAAUGAACCCGCUCGCUUCCACUUUUCUCUUCAUGUCGACUUCUCUGAAAACAUUCACACGGAUGCCAUGGUUACUCCUGCCACGAUCUUACAGGUGAACAAGGUGAUGUCCAUCUUGUUUUAUGUGAUAUUUCUCGCUUAUCUCCGUGGCAUCCAAGCUAACAACAUGGAGCAGAGGAGUGUGCCAGAAGAUUCGCUAAAUUCCCUCAUCAUCAAAUUGAUCCAGGCAGACAUUUUGAAAAACAAGCUGUCCAAGCAGGUGGUAGAUGUUAAGGAAAACUACCAGAGCACCCUGCCGAAAGCCCCCCAGGACCCGGAGGGGGCAGAACCCUUGAAAUCAGACUUCCAGCCCAUGGUUGCGAUGGAUACUGAAUUGUUGCGCCAGCAGAGACGCUACAACUCUCCCCGGGUCCUGUUGAGCGAUAGCACCCCUUUGGAACCCCCACCCUUGUACCUUAUGGAGGAUUAUGUGGGUAACCCCGUGGUGGUGAACAGAACUUCCCGACGAAAAAGGUACGCUGAGCACAAGAGUCAUCGUGGGGAGUAUUCUGUGUGUGACAGUGAGAGUUUGUGGGUGACAGACAAGUCCUCUGCCAUCGACAUUCGGGGACACCAGGUAACUGUGCUGGGGGAGAUCAAAACCGGCAACUCUCCUGUCAAACAGUAUUUUUAUGAAACCAGAUGUAAAGAAGCCAGACCUGUCAAAAAUGGCUGCAGGGGGAUUGAUGACAAACACUGGAACUCUCAGUGUAAAACUUCGCAAACCUAUGUCCGAGCACUGACUUCAGAGAACAACAAACUCGUGGGCUGGAGAUGGAUAAGGAUAGACACAUCCUGUGUUUGUGCCUUGUCAAGGAAAAUCGGAAGAACAUAAGUUGGCAUCUCUCCCCAUAUAUAAAUUAUUACAUUAAAUUAUAUGAUAUGCAUGUAGCAUAUAAAUGUUUAUAUUGUUUUUAUAUAUUAUAAGUUGACCUUUAUUUAUUAAACUUCAGCGACUCUACAGUAUAUAAUCUUUUCUCCCCAAUAAAAUCAGUGUGCUUGUCUCCCUUCAGGCCUCUACCAUCGGUUAGACUGUGUUUUGUGCUCUUGCUCUCUCAGUAGCCUCUCUGUAAAAUCUGUGUACACCAGUAUUUUGCAUUCAGUAUUGUCAAUGCCGUGACUGUCAUUUUAGUAAACAUGUUAAAAUCGAAUGAUUUCAGAGUUGUGUAUAGACACAUUUAUACCCCUUAUAUACUUUUCAUGUUUAAUUAAAAGAAUUGUUCUUUUCUCCACUGAAAGCGAUGAUGCCCUUUGGCCUCCCAAGAAAAAUUUCCAUUCCCCACUGUCACGUUUCACUGUCAGGGUCGUGUUUUCACAUGUGAGCUGUCUCCUUUGCCAGGUAGAAUUACCGCUGUCUUUUAUGUUAUGUCCCUGGAACCGCAACAGCUAACCUGGCAACUUUAGUUUUAGGAGUUUCUUCCAAGCACAGUUGUCGUUUGGGGUUUUGUGUUGUUAUUGUUGGUUUUGUUUUAUGA